GCGAUAUUUAUAAAGCAUGAAAGUCACAGAAUAUAGCGUGUAGAUGACGUUAUGUGAAUUAUAAAAAGAAAUUGCAAAGAACAAAGCAAAUUUUGUGCAUUUCUUGGUUGGUUUUGCUCCUCUUUAGUCUUUCGCUCAAGAUUGAACAGCUAAAUACAAAUGAAAAUGAUCUAGCCUGGCUGGAACAUAUCUAGCUAAGUCUUAAAAGUUAAAAAUCGAGUAAAUUAAUACCAAUAUCCUGUAUUAUGUAAUUAACCACGUACAGUCGAUAUUCGCACUCUUAAGAAAUAUCGCUCAUGAUAACAGUAGCGAUAUAAUUUUUCACAAUGUUCCGGUAUCAUUCGAUUUCAUUUGAAAUCAACACUAUCAAUGCAAUCACCGUCAUCUUUAUCAUGAGCAAUAAAGGAACAAAAAAAAUAUUUUUAAUAAAACGAACUUGUUAUCAUAGAUACAGAAUCUAUUAAAUACGGUAAAUGCCGACGUUGCUAGCUAGAUUGCAGGUGCACAGUGAAGAACGAUAGAUCUAUACGUAUUUGACACAUAACAAGCUGCAACGGUGUGUGUGUUCUCUAUUACAGAAUUUCUGCAAGUCUCCACCCAACUUAUUUUGAACACGAUUAUUACACCAUAUUAAGUAUCUAUCGGAAAAUUUGUUGCGCUACACAAUGUUCUUCACCGACCUGAGGUUUCUAUUCACGAUCCUAUUUUUUGGUACUUACGAUGUUUACGGUCUUGAGGAGCUAAAACAUGAUAAAGUCGUCGUUUGUUACGUCGCAUCCUGGGCAACUUAUAGACUGCCUGAUUGCACAUUCUCCAUAGAAAAUCUGAAGCCAGAACAUUGCACUCACUUAGUUUAUUCAUUUGCUGGCUUAGAUACUGCGUCUUGGACCAUCAAAAGUACUGAUCCUUGGACAGACACAGAGAAAGAUGGAAUAGGCAACUACAGAAAGAUGACAGCUCUCCGAGAAAAAUAUCCAGGUUUGAAAGUAACGCUCGGUAUCGGUGGGUGGAACGAGGGCAGUAUAGGCUACUCGGCACUCGCUUCUUCAUCAGAUCGCAGAAAAAUUUUUAUCGCCAGCACUAUCGCGUUCCUCAAAACGUACGGAUUUAAUGGACUGGACUUUGUCUGGAUGUAUCCUGGACAUAACGGAGGCAGCUGGGAAGAUAAACAGAAUUUUGCUGUGCUCUUGAAGGAACUGAGCGAAGCCUACAAGCAACCUGGCUUGUCGCUAACAGCAGCUGUGAGCGCGGUGCAGGAAACUAUCAACCUAGGAUAUAAUAUAUCCGAAAUGUCCAAAUACGUAGAUCACCUUCACGUAAUGGCGUUUGAUUAUCACGGAUCAUGGAACCAGAAGGUUAUAUCACACGCACCACUCCGAAGCAGCGACGGGUUGAGUGUGAACGACAGUAUUACAUAUUUAUUGGAACAAGGAGCACCGGCUGAAAAACUGGUCUUAGCGUUGCCGAUGUACGGAAGAACUUUCGUCCUGACAACUCCACCAGAAAAACCAGUGAAUCCGAUUGGUCUGCCUGCUCUCCCAAAUGGAUUCAGGGGACCUUGUACCGCCCAAGAUGGCAUCAUGGGAUAUAACGAGAUCUGUGCGACGCAAAAAGAAAAUCCGAAAGACUGGACGAUUGGAUGGGAUAGCGAUAGUAGCUCGGCUUAUGCGAUUAACAAAGACCAUGUUAUCGUUUAUGACGAUAUCAAGUCUAUGGAAGCCAAGGUGAAGUACAUAAAGGAGAAAAAGUUGGCGGGUGUCAAGAUAUGGAGCAUCGACACGGAUGACUUCCACGGCAAGUGCAAUGGGUCCGAUUACCCGCUUAUGAAGGCCAUCAAUGCAGCUCUGGCGGGCACGUUGUAAUACUUGUCUUAAUAAUUAUGUUUUGCAUAAAUAUCAAACAUCUAUAAAAUCAAUUGGCAUCAAAUUUUAAUAAAUCAUUUUAUUUUUAAACUCUCAUUCUUCUUCGAUUUUAUAUGAUAAGGUUGUAUUCUGUUGUAUAUUCCUCGUGCUUUUGAUCUCACAGCGCAAAAAUUAUUUUUUUACUAUACCUUCCUAAUCAACAAAUUUAAUUGCCGCUGCAUAACUUGAAAAUAAAAAGUUAUAUAAGCGAAAAUGUUAUAACAGUUAUAUUACAAUUAUAUUAUUUUAUUCUAUUUUUAUACAUAAUUUCACAGUCGACACAUUUAGUUGCUGCUACAUAACUUUAAAGUUAAAAGUUAUAUAACAAAUAUGUUAGUUAUA